CCCUGCCGGUUGCGGUCGGGUUGCUGGGAGGAGGCGGGAGGUGGGGCCGCCGGGGCCGGGAUCAUGCCAGCCGGCGAGAGGUAUUCUGGGCAGCAGAGGCCGCUGGGCUGGGGAUGAAGGAAGCCGGGCAGAUGCAAAGUCUGGAGAGCGCGGGGGCCGGGCGCUCAGUCAGCACGCAGACCGGCAGCAUGACGGGUCAGAUACCAAGGCUUUCUAAAGUGAACCUUUUCACUCUACUCAGUCUCUGGAUGGAGCUCUUCCCAACAGCGAAAGCCCAAAGACAGAAACCUCAGGAAAAGGAAGAGGAAAAGCAUGGACCCUUAGGAGAUAAUGAAGAGAUGUCCAGAAUACCUACUGACAAAAAACAGGUGAAGAGAACUGGUCUUGUGGUAGUGAAAAACACGAAAAUUGUUGGUCUCCACUGUUCUAGUGAAGAUUUACACGCUGGGAAAAUUGCUCUCAUAAAACAUGGGGCAAGGCUGAAAAACUGUGAUCUUUAUUUUUCCAGGAAACCAUGUUCUGCUUGUUUGAAAAUGAUUGUUAAUGCUGGAGUUAACCGAAUUUCAUACUGGCCAGCUGAUCCAGAAAUAAGUUUGCUUACUGAGGCUUCUAGUUCUGAAGAUGCAAAGUUAGAUGCCAAAGCAGUGGAAAGAUUGAAGUCAAACAGUCGGGCCCAUGUGUGUGUCUUACUUCAGCCUUUGGUGUGUUAUAUGGUGCAGUUUGUAGAGGAGACCUCUUACAAAUGUGACUUUAUUCAAAAAAUUGCAAAAACGUUGCCGGAUGCUAACGUUGACUUUUAUUCUGAAUGUAAACAAGAAAGAAUAAAAGAAUAUGAAAUGUUAUUUUUGGUUUCAAAUGAAGAAAUGCAUAAGCAAAUACUGAUGACGAUAGGUUUGGAGAACCUAUGUGAAAAUCCAUACUUUAGCAAUCUGAGGCAAAACAUGAAAGACCUUAUCCUACUCUUGGCCACAGUAGCUUCCAGUGUGCCCAACUUUAAGCACUACGGAUUUUAUUGUGGUAAUACCGAACAGAUUAAUGAAACUCACAAUCAAAGUUUGCCACAAGAAAUUGCAAGGCACUGCAUGGUUCAGGCCAGGUUAUUGGCAUAUCGAACUGAGGAUCAUAAAACUGGAGUUGGAGCAGUCAUUUGGGCUGAAGGAAAAUCUAGAAGCUGUGAUGGAACAGGCUCGAUGUACUUCAUAGGAUGUGGCUAUAAUGCUUUCCCUGUUGGAUCCGAGUAUGCUGACUUCCCCCACAUGGACGACAAGCAGAAAGACAGAGAAAUAAGGAAAUUCAGAUACAUUGUACACGCGGAGCAGAAUGCCUUGACAUUCAGAUGUCAAGAAAUAAAACCAGAAGAAAGAAGCAUGAUUUUUGUCACCAAGUGCCCGUGUGACGAGUGUGUACCUUUAAUUAAAGGUGCCGGCAUAAAACAAAUCUAUGCCGGGGAUGUAGAUGUUGGAAAGAAGAAGGCAGACAUCUCUUACAUGAGAUUUGGGGAACUUGAGGGUGUUAGUAAGUUUACAUGGCAGCUGAAUCCAUCAGGAGCUUGUGUCAGUGAACAAAAUGAGCCUGGAAGCAAAGAGAACCCAUCUAUCUGAAGUACAGUUUUCCUGAUACUAAGUUAUUCUUGAACACUAGAUGGUGUGAUGAGACCCUUACCGCCCGGUGAAGAACAGCACCAAAACAAAAAGCUGUGUCUUGGAAACCACUAACAAGUCCUGUCGAAACUGGAGUGAGGCCUCAAGAAUUUUUAUUGCACUUUUAAAAUUCAGCCUUGUUAACUCAGAAAAUAAGGAUGGAUUUUGUGAAUAACUGAAAAAAAAACAUUGUAAAGAAACUAAUUUAUUACUACCAUAUGAAUGAUGUUAAUGAGAAUAUUUUUCUUUUAGAUUUGUGUGUUUUUCAGAAUAUAGUGGUGUGUUCUUUUAUUACAUUAAAUGAGGUAGCAAUGAUUUAAUGAGACAAAUUUGAUCACCUUGUAGAGGUUAAUUUCUCCUUGUCAUAGCUUUAUAUUAGCCAGUUUCUUGAAAGGGGCUGGUUCACUGGAGGUCACCUCCCAGCAGAGAAUUAAACACCUUUUAAAAAAUAUUAAUUCCUUCAGAUUUUGAAGGUGAUAAUUAGUAACCUGCUCCAAAGAAAUAAAUGAUGACCUGGCCAUUUUUAAGUCAUUGUAUGGCUCACCAAAAGUUCACACUUAUACCUCAAGCUUUUUAAUAAUCAGAAUUUAAUUAGGAUUGAAUUGUAAAAAAAUGAAGGUGGCAUAGCCAGUCCCCAUUAUUAAAGUAUAUUCCUGACAAUGUUACUGAUUUUUUAAAAAACCUUCCAGUAUGUAGAAAUCACAAUGAUUUGUUGAACUGGCAUGUUAAGUCACUGAUUUAGGCAGCAGUAGGAAGAGAAUAUUAUUAAGAGUGAAGAAAUAUUUCAGUCUGGAAUAUUGAAACCAGCCUUUGUUGAAUUCCAUUCGUAAAUGCUGCCCAUUUUCCCCUCCAUACAGUUAAUAGAGUGUCUUGUAGCUUUCAGUGGAAGAUCUUUUAAAAAUAUCCGUGAACCAAAAAAAAAAAAAAAACUAUCCGUGAACCUUAAGAAUACUGAAGAUCUUGACAGUAAACAUAUGGUCAGUUCACUUCAUUCCCAAAUUGCUCUUUGUGAGGCCUCUCAUUUUCAUUCGCUGAGAAACUUUCAGAGAAUAGUCCAAAGAUGAAGGUAUGUGUUUUGCACUUUCCUAGAAUUAGGGAGGGAAUGCACAGCCCAUGGCCCACAGGACAGGGUGUGACAUCCCGAGGAGCACCUGCCUUGGCUGUGGAGAGAUCUGCUGUUGUCCCCAACCCUUCCACAGCACCCCGUGGCCUCACAAGGCCCCCCACCAGUAUCUCAGAAUUGUACACAGGACAAUCCAAAUAUUGACCCGUGUCCCUAUUUGUACAGCAGCCUGCUUAGGUCCACUGGGAGUUCGAGGUCAUCAUACCAGGCAGUUGAGAAUUGCCAUAAAUAUUGAGAGAGGAGGAAAGAUACCCUUAGAUAGAUCUAAGGCUAAUUUGAAAACUUGUAGUUAAGGUAUUCUAAAAUCUUUAUCAGGAUGUAAAUAACUGAGAUUUGCUCACAUCCUCCCAAUUGCUUUGAUAUAUAAUAUAUACAAGCUUAAAUUCAUAUUAGAAUCAUUGUUUUUUUAACUAAUAUGUCAUCCACAUCAAAUAUUUUAUAAAUCAAUCAGCAAAUAUUUUGUAAGACCCAAAAGCCUGGUGUACUGUCAGGUUUAUGGAUUUGUGUGUUGGACGUUGAGAGGGGUAUCAGAAGGGAGAAACAAAAUGGGAAAAACUAGGAUUAGGAAAUGGGAAAAUUUAUAUUUCCAAGCACUAUGAAAAUUUUCAUGAUGAUGCCAUAUUUCCUUCUUUACAACUGGUCAGUUUUCUGCAUUUAUUGAGAAUUUCCUAUGUAAUACCAGAGGAAAGCUCUAUGAGGGCAGGAAUAUAUAUAUAUAACAUAUGUACAUAUACAUAUAUUCACACACAUGCAUAUUUACAUACAUAUAUUUAUAUAUGCAUAUACAUAUAAUUGUAUGUUUAUAAAUUUUUUAUGUAUAAAAUAUAUAAAUUUUUUAAGCUGAUGAAUCCAGUGCCUACAAUAGUGCCGGGCACAUAACACAUUCAAUGAGUAUUUGUUGAUCGAGUAAAUGACUGCUGGACACUGGCUAGGCCCUGGAAAUGAGAUGUAGAAGAAAUGCUCCCUCAUCUCAAGGAGUUCACAGUCUCGUGGAAUGUGGAAUGGAGUAAUAGAGACUGAAUGACUCUCAGAGUGGGGGUCCUGGACCGGCAGCAUUGGCAUCACCUGGGGGCUUGUUAGACAUGAGAUUCUUAAUGUCCACCGAGAUCUGUUGAAUCAGAAACUGGGUGUGGGGCCCAGCAAACUGUUCUCACAGUUCUGCAGGUGCUUCUGGUUGACCUUGCAGGUUGAGAACCACCUUGUGAAUGUAACUGUAGGAAACUUCUGAAAUAUGUAAUUAAAACUAAUAGAAAUAAGAAGGAUGACUCUGUAUUGCAAAGAAACUAGGAUGUGUUUUUAGCUGAGAAAAGGUAUGAGGCAUGGAGAUGUAUUUUAGUUAAGGGAAAAGAAAGUAAAUUUUGUCCUAAAGUAAAGCUGGUUAUUUCAGAAUGGUCAUUACAGAAUGAAAAAGAGAAAAAUAAAGGACAAGCUAAGAACACAGAAGUUUGGGAAAAGAAAAAAGAAAGAGGAAGGAAGGAAGGAAGGAGGGAAGGAAAAGAAAGAAAAUUUUACCUUUUGUAGUCAUGUUGGCUAAAAAUUGAAUUGUUAAAGGGUUUUUAAAAAUAAUAAACUUGUUUUUUGUUUAAAUA